GGUAGGGUCCGUUUAUACUCGACUCUAACCCAGACGCGUAUUUAUAUUGGGUUUGGGUCCGGAUCCAAUGAAACAGCCCCUGUUCUAACCUGCUCCUGUCUAAUUGAAAGUUGGUCCUGAUUUUUUUUUAAAAAUACUAAAAAUAUUUUAGUGUCCGGUAUUAUUCUAAGCGCUAAAAAGAAAACAAAAAAAUUAGGAUCUAGCUUCAUCACUAAAUAAUUAAAACAAAAAUGGCAGUAAAGUUAGGUUCUUCUUGGAAAUCCUUUUCAAAUGGUAUCAAUAUCGAUUCUGAUUUAUAUCCAGAUUGGUUAAACAGUGAGAUUAAAACAGGAACAACAAUUAUGGCUGUUGAAUUUGAUGGAGGUGUUGUAGUUGGUGCUGAUUCGAGAACAACAUCAGGAUCAUAUGUUGCUAAUCGUGUUACUGACAAGCUUACACCUGUAACAGAUAAUAUUUUUUGUUGUCGGUCUGGUUCAGCUGCAGAUACACAAGCCAUAGCUGAUCAAGUUAGAUAUGAACUAGAUAUGCAUAUGGCUGAGAGUGGGCGCCAAGCUCUUGUGAAAACAGCAGCUAACUUAUUUCGAAAUGUUUGUUAUGAACGUAGAGACAGUGCUUCAGCUGGAAUUAUUGUAGCUGGUUGGGAUGAACGAGAAGGUGGUCAGGUUUAUUCAGUUCCUAUUGGUGGAAUGUGUUUAAGGCAGCCUUUUAGUAUAGGAGGUUCUGGAAGUACAUACAUUUAUGGACAUUGUGAUUCCACUUUUGUAAAGGGAAUGUCUAAAGAUGAAUGUAUAAAAUUUGUUACAAAUGCUGUUGCUUUGGCAAUCUUUCGUGAUGGUUCUUCUGGUGGUUGCAUUCGAUUAGCUAUUAUUAAUAAAGAUGGCGUAGAACGUAAAGUUAUUUUAGGCAAUGAAAUUCCAACAUUUUGGCAAGGCUAAUGUUUUUGUUUAGCUAGCUUAUUCAUCAAAGUUAUUGUUUUACUAUAGAAAUGGAUUACAUGUUAUAAUAUUGAAAAAAUAUGAAACACUGUUUAUUAGUUAUAACUGAAAUAAAUUCUUUCUUUAAUUGCA